UUACUUCUUCAGUCAACAUUCACAAUGGCUGCCAUUCCAUACGUGAAAGUUCUUGAGGAAGAACUCGAAUGUUCUAUCUGUGGUGAUGUUUUCAAAGAUCCAAGAACCCUUGAAUGCUUUCAUAAGUUCUGUUUUGGAUGCAUCAAAGAUUUCACGGAGAGAAGACUCAAAAAAGAACAGCUUCCAUGUUGUCCGAUAUGUAAGGACAAAUUUUAUYUCCCACAAGGAGAUGUUUCAAUGCUGCGAUCUUCAGUUUACCUCAACUCAUUGCUGAAUCUUCUCAAUGACAUGAAAAGUAACGACAUAAAAGACGAAGAAGACUUGCCAAACUGUGCCAGCUGUGGGAAGAGAAAUAAACUUGUGUCGUUUUGUCCACAAUGCGAUGGCACGAUCUGCACUCAUUGUGUAAACAAAGAUGGACACCAAGAAAUGAUGUUCACCGAUUUCAAGAGGGACCACUUGAAUAGUUACAUCAGGAAUCAAGUCCAUUGCCAAGAAAAACUACACGAGAAAGACAAACUGGAGUACUUCUGCCAGUCUUGUAGCAAAUGCGUUUGCCAAAAGUGCACAGAGACUGACCACAAAUCACAUGAUCGGAUGAGUCUAGAAGAAGCUUCAGAAAAAGCCAAACAACCAAUUGAUCGAGACGUGAAUAAAGUAAAGCAACUGAAAGAGAAAUAUCUACAAGAACGUGAAGUUUCCAAGCAAAACAUGGAGAGAUAUGGAAAAGAAAUUGCCACUGCAAUCAGGAAAGUUCGUGAGUUAACUAAAAAUUGUAUGAAAAUUAUACAAGACCAUGAAGUUCUGAUGAUUGCCACUUUGAACAGCCUUUGGUAUGACCAGAAAGCAGCAAACGAUGUUGAACAGAAAGAAAUAAACACUGGUAUGCUAUUUCUGACUGACUUUGACCAUGAAGGGCAGGCAAGUCAAGAUCAAAACAUCGCGCACUUUAUUUUACAAAGUCAAAUGGAACUUCCCCAAAGAAAUGAAGAAAUGCUUGAGAAAACAUCUGUCCUAUCGUGGCAACCAGCAAACCGCAACGCAGGCGUUGAAUAUGUCUCAAAACCACGUGACCAGAUAGAGCAACUACUGCAAGAAGUUGGCAAAGUCGUGGAAAGCGUGAAAGAGCCUUAGGACCCUGAGAACCGUGAAAACAUAACGCUAGUAGAACAUAGAUUACAUCAAAAUAAAUGCAAAGUAUAGAGCUGAUUAUAAACUGAUUGCAUGCUCGAGAAUAAGAGACUAUCUAUCAGAUCUGUGUAUUCACUAUAUAUGCCCAUAUCGUAUAUAAAUUUGAAGCCGUUGUAAUUUUAGGCUGUUUAUCUGACGGGUGCCGUACAGUUUUUGUGCGGUACRAAACUAUAUAGUAAUAAACAUGCCUCUUUGUAUC